AUGGAUAUUCUCUCGAUGUUCGGGCGCACGCAGCCACAGACAGUGCCCACAGACCGGAUUAUUCCCUUGCGAGAGUGGGAUGACUUGCACUACCUACGCAGUCUUUGUCAUGACUUCACAUUCCGAUUCGACGAUGUGUUGGAUGCGGCAAGGCUAGAGACAGCCUUAGGGCGGCUGAUGGAGAUCGGGGACUGGGGUCAAUUGGGGGCUCGGCUACGACUCCAUAAUGGCAAGCUCGAAUAUCAUAUCCCGGCGGAGUAUGAUCAGAAAACCCGGCCGGCCUUCAUCUUCACCACCACCGAGUAUGGAAUGACUAUCAACGAACACCCGUUGGGUUCCCAGCUUCCAAAAACAGGGCAAGAUCAAUCUUUCCUAUCACCCACUUCUGCCAUAUUUAGGCCGUUGGUCUGUCAUCAAGAUAGUCCCAGGGAGCUGGCCGAUUGGAUAUAUACCGACCGUCCGCAGCUCCAUGUCCAUGUUACCCUUUUCCAGGAUACAACCCUCUUGACCGUCAGCUAUAUCCACACUUUAUUUGACGCUGUGGCGCGGACAAACUUCUUCAAGGCUUGGAUAGCUGUCCUAAAUGGUCGGGAAUCAGAGGUGCCACCCUUUCUUCCUUUUGACCAAGAUCCUCUAUGCACCCUAGGCAAGGGUGUCCCCCGGCAGAAUUAUACCAACUUCAGCCGGCUCCUUGGCGGUCUCGGUCUUGUGCUCUUUGGGCUUCGGUAUCUCUGGGAACUUUUCUGGUUCCGUGCAGAGGAGCACUCCAUUCGCUUGCCGGGACACUGCGUGAACCAAAUGAGGGAAACCGCACGCCACCAACUGGCCGCUGCGACUCCGGACGGUGUUGAACCACCCUUUUUGAGUGAACCAGAUAUUGUGGCUGCUUGGUGGGUCAAGACAAUGGUCACAGCACUAAAUCCCUCACCGGGCCGAACCGUUAUGGUGAUGAGUCCCUUCAAUGUGUGGGGUGUGUUUGGCGAGCAAUUCCCUAGCGGCGGCAAGGGCUUCAUCGGCAAUGCCUUUUUCAACUCCUACAACGUACUUGAUGCAAGUGAGGUUUUGGAGGAUGACAACCUAGCAUAUCUAGCGUCGAAGAAUCGUCAGGCGCUCGUGGAGCACCGAACCCAGGAGCAGGUUCAGGCCAUGACCUCCAUCCAGCGAAAUUCGUUCAUGAGCAUACCGCCACUAGUCGGAAAAUCUAACCUGCUCUUUAUGACACAUACGAACCAGCACAAAGCUAGAUAUUUUGAGACAGAUUUCUCUGCUGCGGUUGUUGCCACGGGUGUGCCUCUGAGUGAAAGACCCCAUGCCCUGGGCCGGCCAUCUUACAUUAAUGACAUUGAACAUUGUCGUUUGUACCCGACUCGAAAUGUCUGCCGGGUCAUUGGAAAAGAUGCCGCGGGUGAUUGGUGGCUUUUGUUCAAAGCUCGAGCUGGGGCAUGGCCUGCGAUCCACAAACAAUUAAGGGCUCUGCAUGAGAUUGAUGAGCCGCUGGCAGAUCUCGCAGAUCGUCAGCCUGCAACUUCUUACCAAGAGAGCUGGGUUUCGAAGUCAGACUCUAGGUUGAUGGGGGCUUUGAUGGACUUCUAUAUUCUUUUAAAACUCCUCGUUUAA